UUCGAAGCGUCGUCAAAACUGAGCAUCUACAAAAAAAACGCAAUUAGUUGGAUCCGAGGGCGUGUUGUCAUGAUGACGGAACUUGAACGAUUCUCGGAGGUUGUGUUUGUAGGGGUGGCAUCGGACUAGGCUUGAUUCAUCUGGGAGGAAGAGGAGCUAAAAGUCAGAUUGUAGCUCAAAUCGAUGCUCGUGAUGUGGUUGUUGGCGAGAGACCAGGAUCUCGGAGCCACCUAGCUUAGGCGAUGCGGGACCUGGCGUGCACAGUGAUGCAACCACCGAAUCCAACCGUUUUAUGUUUAUGCAGCGUGGAGAGACUGGAGGGAAAUGCUACGGAUGAUCAAUUUGUCGUGUAGCCGAACGUGGCGAGGCGCGUCGCCGGAGUCGCAGCGAGAACUAAUGUGUUGGUGGGAAGCCUGGUUAUGGUUAGGUCACCCAGGCAGUUGGUCGUUACGGAGCUUCGCUGCAUUGGGGCGGAUUUGGAGGUGAGAUAGAGGAAUUUGGAGUUGUGGCGUAGCGGUAGAUCUAGCUUAGGUUUGUGGUUUUGCAAGGGAGACGAACAAGAGGUGUGUGGAGAAUUUUGAGGGGGGGAGAAGCAAAAAACGAUGACAAAGGGUAUGCGGAAGUUUGUGGGUUUCCACUGACGCUAUCUAUCUCUUCAGGUGCAUACUGUUACGCCGAGCCGGGAGCUGAAGUUGAGAUGUUUAGAAAGGUUACACACGGUAACCGACUCAGCGAAUAAAAAUCACAAGAAGGCUCCGUAGAUAUAGCACUUCUGUAGAUACAGUCACCGUGUAAUCUAUAACACAUAUCGGUGGUGCUUGUGCCUACUUGGAGACAUGCGGUUUGAGUUGAAACCAGACUCAGAGACAUGAGGCCAGGUGGGACACUGCGUAACCCACGGGUGAGAGUCAAGCCUAUAACGGUUGGUGGGCUAACAGAGCUUACAACCGUGACUACGCUAUGCUCAAAACGUGUUUCGAUACUUAGGAUUCUCACGCAAUGCAUAUUUUGCAUUGCAGCUCUCAUCCUUGGUUUUCGAGUUUCCUAUGAGGCCAAUCUCGUCAGGGUUCUGGACGUAGAGGAGACUUCCAGGCAAAAUAGUCAGGUUCCCAUUCAGAGGGUCCACGAAAGUAAUUUGAGAGUAUUCAAGAGUCAAAAUGCAAGAUUAACGCCGAGGGGCAAAAGCUCACAGGUGUACGUAGGCCGACAUCCAAUUUUGAAAAGGCCAUGGCCUCACCCAGAUCCUAUUGAAAUGGCUCAAGCGUACAACAUGCUAGCCAGGGUCCAGUUGGAACAGCAGCGGUUGUAUGGAAUCGAAAAUUGGAAGCCUAUUAUUGCAAUUACUCCCACAUAUUUUCGCACAUUCCAGAGUUUGCAUCUAUCAGGCUUAAUGCAUACUUUGUCACUUGUGCGGAGACCUGUAACAUGGAUAGUCAUAGAGGCGUCGGGUAUAUCUGCGGAGACAGCAGAGUUGUUGAGGCAGGUUAGGGUGCACAAAUUGGUGCACUUGGGAGCUUCUGAGCAUCUACCACGAACUUUACAGGAUCGAAUUAUCCUGGAAGCUCGCCUUCGAACCGAAGGCUUGAGAUAUGUGCGGGAGCAGAAUCUGGAGGGUGUUAUUGUGUUUGCUGAUGAGAGCAACGUGUACAGUAUGCAAUUUUUUGAUGAGGUUCAGAAGGUGAAAUGGGUGGGUGCUCUUCCAGUUGGUACUCUCGGUUAUGCUGGAUUCGAAGAUCCUGCUCUAUUAAGGGAUAAAGGUUUUCUUAAGGACAGUGGCGCCAGGUUGUUCAGGCGACGCUUGUUAGAACCUCUCCAGGAAAUGCCAGUUUCCAGGAAUACGGUGCUUCAAGUCCAGGGACCUACUUGCGACUCUUCUGAGAACAUAACAGGUUGGCGAGCAUUUAGGCCGCUCUCUUUAGAUGACGUUUUAAUUAAUGAAUACAGGGAUGAACAAACAAAUUUGGAGUGGUCAGGCUUUGUGUUGAAUGCUCGCACAGUCUGGGCAUCAGCGCCCGACCGGCCGAAGUGGAUUCGGGAAUGGGUGGAGUGGGCUCGUCCAGAGCAACGUCGAUAUAUUGACCCGAGAUCUCUUUUAAGUGACGAAACUAAGGUGGAGACUCUCGGAUCUUGUGGAAAUGGAAAAGCUGUGCUUGUUUGGUGGGCUCGAAUUGAAGCUCGUUCAGAUAGCAAGUAUCCCCCACGAUGGAAUUUGGAUUUGCCGCUCGAGGUGGUUGUCCCCGCGAGGAAAACACCGUGGCCAGAAAAGAUCUUCCCACUCUCAUACCCACCGCCCUAUGUAGGCAAGCGAAAAGUUGGAAACAGAUCCGGUGGUCGGGGUGGGAGAUCCAGGCGUGGUAAACGACAACCAGACUCUAAAAUUAGUGCACUUGUUAAUCAAAGGGAAGUCAAUGCAACCAAAGGCACUGCCAUGGGCACCUCUGUUGAUAAGCGCACGCGCUUCAGGAAAUGUGAUUAAAUCCUGUUCAUCGAAAGCUGCAUAGAAAAAGAAAAGAAAAGAACAAGCAAGCACAAAAUGAUAAAGAAUGUCGAAAUCUUUAUCAUCGCUCUUAGAAACCAUUUAAGUUGUUACGCUUCACUCUUGUGCUGGCGGCUCAUUUGUAACACAUUAGUGCAUGCCUAAAUUCGAUGUAUACACUGGGGUAUCCGACUAGUUCUCAGAAAUGCGAAUUGCUGGAACCAGCAUAGAUUCUACAUCUACUGCGGAAUUCAAGUAUAAUGGGAAGUCAAAUUGCAGCGUUUGCUAAGUCAAUUGGCUGGCAUAUGCUCAUGUCUUGCCUGUUUGGACUGGGCUUUUGAUCGUG